AUGUUAAGACGUGAUACUUUCUUCCAUGAGAGUAAUUGUAUAAAAAAUAUUAUUAAUAAUAAUGAAAAUUUGAUCUAUAAAAUGUAAAUUAGAAAGAAUUUUGCAUUCAUUCAAGCAAAAUAUAUCAUUUAAAGCCAUUAUGAAUCAAAAUUAGGAAUGUAACUAAUGCUACGAUUAUAAAGUUGAUCGCUGAAAAUAAGAAAUUAAAAGCUUAAGUGAUAGAUUUAAAGAGGUAAAUUGAUUCGCUUUCUUAAUCAAAACCAAUCUAUAUCUAAGCAGAAGUUGAAGGGUUUUUAAGAGAAUAUCAAAUGGAGAAUGAGAAAUUAAGAGAGCUUUUGAAAUAAUAAGUUGAAAAAAAUGAAUCAUUAUAAGAAGAAUUAAAAAUUGUUAAUUCUUCAUAUAUUCAAAAUACUAAAAGAUUUUAAUUACACAUAUAACAAUUAGAAUAGAGAUUUUAAGAAAUAUUAAUUAAUUGCCAUAAUUAUAGUGAGAAUAUUGAUAUUUUUGAAUAAUCAACCUUUUAAGAUAAAUAAAAAUUAUAAGACUUAGAAGAUUAAGAAAUAUAAAGAAAAACAGAACUUUAAAAAUUAUUUAAAGGAAAAAUAAUCAAAAAUAUUUGUGAAAUAUAAAAUGGAUAAUAAAAUACUACAUCAAUUAAUUCAUCUUAAGGAUAAUAAUAAAUUAGUUCAUAAACUAAUGAAAUUUAUGAAUUAUUAGAUAAUGAUUGA